AUGAAAACGACGGCUCGUGCUCCAGCAAUGUCUACAGUUGAAAGGGCAGUUAAAAGUGUCCCGUAUCCUCCAAGCCGUAGACUUACAGUUAAUGACAUAUUCGAAUCUAGAGGAAAGCCAAACAUUGAAAAAUUGAAGCAGCAUUUCCUUCUUGAAGGUCGAGUUACUGACGAGGCAGCGCUUAAGAUUAUAAAUGACGGAGCAGCUCUCCUUCGUGAAGAGGCGAAUGUUUUGGAAAUUGAUGCCCCUGUCACCGUUUGUGGCGACAUACACGGGCAAUUCUUCGACUUGAUGAAGUUAUUUGAGGUUGGUGGGCACCCGGCUACUACUCGAUAUUUGUUCUUGGGGGACUAUGUUGAUCGUGGGUAUUUUAGCAUUGAGUGUGUGUUGUACCUCUGGGCCUUGAAGAUUCUCCACCCGACCAACUUCUUCCUCCUUCGAGGCAACCACGAGUGUCGGCACCUGACUGAGUACUUCACCUUUAAACAAGAAUGCCGAAUAAAGUACAACAACGAGGUGUACAACGCCUGCAUGGAUGCGUUCGACUGUCUUCCCCUGGCGGCUCUCAUGAACCAGCAAUUCCUCUGCGUUCACGGUGGCCUCUCCCCCGAAAUCCAAACUCUGGACGACAUUAGGCGGGCAAAAAUCUGUGACUUGGAAAUGUUUCGUCCCAGUAAAAUAGCCUUCUAUCAAUCGCUUUACGUUCGUUUCAAUCACGAUAUCUGUUAUCCUACGAGUCAAGUGGGCUUAAAUCCGGAGGAUUUUAAGCCUUGUCGACAUCGUGGUUCCUGUUUCCCCUCCAAGUGA